AAUCAUGUUUGAAAUUUUAAAAUAACUUGAAUUCACAAUGUCGCAUGUAAAACGCUGUAACAAUAUAAUCCGAUUAUACAGUAAUAAAAUAUCUCCUAACCUAAAAACUCCUAUUGACUUAAUUGGACCGCCUGAUCCAAUUUCGAAUUUAAGACCAAUAAUUUUUGCAAAAUCUGAGAAUGAAAGCGAACUAGAGAAGAGAUACAGAAAAGCUAGAGAAGACACACAAACAUGGAAUCAAAAUUUUUGGACGAAACAUAACAAUAAUUUUAUGAAGGAACGUGAACAGUUUCAAGAAACACUAAAGGCAGAAGGGAAAACGUCGAUUACCGCAGAUGAUAUGUCAGUAUUUUACAAACACUUCUUAGAUAAAAAUUGGCAGAUGCACUUAAAUUAUAAUACUUUGUGGUAUAAGAAAAAUAUUAAAUUAUUAUUUCUUGAGAUCAGAGUAAGAAUAUCAAAAUUAAAAUUUAAAUAA